AUGGAUCAUGAGAGAAGUGAAGGAGAUAAAUUGGAGGAAGUGAUGCUGCCUGGUUUUAGAUUUCACCCAACUGACGAGGAGCUUGUUGGGUUUUAUCUAAAGAGAAAGAUUCAACAGCGCCCUCUCUCGAUUGAGCUCAUCAAGCAACUUGACAUCUAUAAAUAUGAUCCUUGGGAUCUCCCUAAGUUGGCGAGCACCGGAGAGAAAGAGUGGUAUUUCUACUGCCCUAGGGAUAGGAAGUACAGGAACAGCACCAGACCCAACCGGGUGACCAGAGCGGGGUUUUGGAAAGCCACAGGGACCGACCGCCCCAUUUACUCGUCGGAGGGCACCAAAUGUAUUGGCUUGAAGAAAUCUCUUGUUUUCUACAAAGGCAGAGCUGCUAAGGGCGUCAAAACUGACUGGAUGAUGCAUGAGUUUCGCCUACCGACUCUCACCGAUCACUCAGUUGUGCCAUCAAAGAGAUUGGACUACAAAAAUUUCCCUGCUAAUGAUUCUUGGGCAAUAUGUAGAAUAUUCAAGAAAACCAACUCAUCAGCUCAAAGAGCUCUCUCUCAGUCUUGGGUUUCUCACUUACCAGAUCAACCAAGCUGUACUACUCAGUUUAGUUCAGAUCUGACGAGCAAUAAUAAUAUGUCACUAGUGACAAAAACUAGUUCACCGAUCCAGUUUUGUUGUACUAGUACUAAUAGAAAUGACAUACAAAACUCCUCUACCAAUACUAGUAGCACAAGUUUGACUUACCCUCCCGUUGACUUUGCUUCUUUCAAAGCCUAUCAUAACUCCAAUAUUAACAUUUCAAGCUGUGGAGAUCAAUUUUCCCCAGCUAGCUUCCUCUUUUCAGCCCCUCCAGAUAAUAUAUCUCCUUCCAUGUUACUAAACACGUCUUCGGUGCUUGGAGAUCAUAGGCAUGAUCAUUUUGGCUCUAAGGCCUCUCAUGAUCAUCAGGGUGUUGAUUUGAUCUGUGGAAUAUCACAGGACCAAUGUACUAACGAUGUUAAUGGCUUCUCAAUGGGGUUUCCAUAUGAGCUUUUUCAAGGGAAUAUUCUUGGCAACAUGGUUAGUAGUAGUACUACUACUACUAGUACAGAUCAAAGUUCAAUGGUCAAGAAUCAUGAUGAUCAAGAUCAGACGUGGGAGGCUGUUCGAUCCCUUGGUUUUAAUCCAUAUAAUAGUUUACCGUUGCCACCUUUGAAUACGGCUAUGACGGAUCCAUGGAAGCCGAGCUUGCUCUGGGACUCUUCGUCGCCAUGUCCAACUGAGACGUCAACAAAUUUUCCCAAUAGCAGUAACAAAUGCUAUACUUAG